AUGGAGUCGCUUUCACCACCCCCCAUAACACCGAGCAGCCCACCAGAGUCGAGCCACGACUUUUCUACUAUAGAGCACGGCUCGCAGGAGGAGGAUAUUGAUCAGGGGCCUAGUCGUGAUGAACAUCCCGUUGAGAACGAAACCGAAGAACCCGUCAUACCGGUUUGCCACGGCGCACGAAUAGUCGAUUCUGACAGUGACGAUGUUGCACCUAAUAUACCAGUACCUGAAGGAAUGACACACAUACUGUCUGAAAGAGAGUUGGAAGCGAUCAGCAUAAAUAAUGAACUGUCUACGUCGAAUAUGUUUCCCACCGGACUCGCGACAUCGGCGAAUGAAAAUGAUCUUCGGAAAUGCUGGAUAUGUUAUACCGACGAAUCAGAGGAUUCCCCCCUAAAUACAGAAUGGCGGUCUCCCUGCCCAUGCGCAUUAAGUGCGCAUGAGGCAUGCUUACUAGACUGGCUCGCGGACAUGGAGAAUACGGAAGGCCCUAAUGUGCACCAGGAGGGGGCCAUGAUGCUCUGCCCUCAGUGCAAAUCAGAGAUUCACAUGUCACGGCCACAUAACCUGAUCCUUGACCUCGCGCGUAAAUGUGAGGGAACGCUUAACCGCCUAGUACUUCCGGGAGUAGCAUUUACGCUGGUAGGAACAGUUUGGGCUGGAUGCUGUGCGCAUGGUGUAUACUCGAUGUACCUUAUUUUCGGCAGGGAGACUACAAUACGGUUACUUGAAGAAGCGGCACAAGGGCCUUUUGGCAUUCGUCUAAACCUCGGUCUUCCAUUGAUACCGAUAUCAUUGAUGUUCUCAAGAACUCAAUAUGCCGAUAGCCUGCUACCCGUGAUUCCUGUUCUGUUUUUCGCUGCCCACCAUCCAUAUCACCAGGAAAUGGAUCUUCAGUUGUGGCCGCCAAGUGCAUCUAUGACAUUUGCGGCAUUACCAUACAUUAAAAGUCUUUAUAACUUACUAUAUAAGAGACUAUUUGGUGACUUGGAAAAGAAGUGGAUCUCGACAGUGCGGACUCGAAUAAACGCAGACGAGGAUAAUGUGCGCGGGCCAAGGCGCCAUCGUAAUGCCCAAAAUGGUCAAGCAGAGGGUGAGGUAAUUAUGGAGAUCGAACUACAAAUGGGCAUUGGGGCUAACGACGGACAAAAUGGCGAAGAAGAGGAGGAUACUGACGACAAUGGCCAUCAAGUUAAUCAAGUCAUGGCAAGACGUCAAGGUGACGUGCUCCGUGAAACCACCAAUCUUGCAGACAUCAUACUCGGAGCCUUGGUUUUCCCAGCUAUCUCUGCUGGCAUGGGUGGACUACUGAAGCUAGCUCUACCGAAAGCAUGGACAACCCCUCCUCUUCUAUACGAGAGAGGUAGGCCAUGGUUUCUCCAAACAAGAUGGGGAAGAAGUGUUAUUGGUGGCUGUGCAUUCAUCCUCCUCAAGGAUGCCUUUUUGCUUUACUGCCGGUACAAGCGUGCCCGUUUACACACUCAACGAGUAAUAUUGAAUUACGACAAGAAGACAAAAAAGCCAGUCUUCCCACGAUAG